GUGAAAAGGUCCCUUUCCAUGGCUCCACAGUACCGUAGUCUUUGAAGUUUGAUGAGUUGUUGGAGGAAGCUGGGAGAUAGUGAACUUUUUUCAGGAUGUCAGCAGUUGGAAGGUAGUGGUUAAUCACGUUGCAUACCAGUAUGGAUCGAGCUGCGGCGCUCAUCUUGCGCCUUUCCAGGCAAGGGAAGGCGAUCACUGCUAUUGAUGCAUGCGGGGCCAAUGCUCCCAAGGGGGAGGGUGUCAGGGAUCUUCUGAGCACUCAGAUUGAGCAUCUUUCUCACUGGGUCCGUGCCUCCGCCAGCGGUCUGCCUGCACCAUCCCCGCAGCUGCCUCUCCCCCAGACUCAGCUUCAAGACCACUUGCGUUCCAAAGGCAGCCUUUCAACGCAGAGCCUGAGAAGCUGGACUCCUCUUUCUACCUCAUCACUCACACCCCCUCACGGUUUGCUCGCCGCCUCCUGUCUACCACAACCCUCUCUCAGCACCUCUAGAGCUUCCUCCGUGCCACUCACUCUACCCAGCAGCUUGCGAAUCUUUAGCACGGCUUCCCGAGAGCAAAACGAGGCUGGAAAACCUGCCCCCGGGAGGGCGGGGCCUGCCGCGGGGGGCAAAGAACGAGUGGGAUCGCAGCCCCUUGGAAAGGAGAAGGACCCGGCAGCGGCGAAAGUAGAUUCUGAGGAGGAAAAACCCGUAGCAGAUCUACAGAUCUUAGGAACGUUGUCAGUGUAUCUAUGGCCGAAAGACCGGCCCGACUUUAAGCGGCGAGUCGCAUUUGCGCUUAGUCUGCUGGUGGCUUCGAAGGUUAUCAGCGUCCAAGUCCCGUUCCUCUACAAGUACGCGGUCGACGCCCUUUCCGGCCAACCCGCCGUCUCCGACAACCCGUGGCUCCUUGCUGCGUUCGCAUCUCCGGUUGCCCUUCUUGCGAGCUACGGCGUCCUGCGUGCCAUGUCGUCACUAUCAAACGAGCUUCGGAACGCCGUAUUUGCAAAAGUGGCACAGGGCACGAUCCGGGUCGUAGCCAAAAAGGUUUUCCUGCACCUUCACAACCUAGACCUGACGUACCACCUCAGCCGCCAGACCGGCGCUCUCAGCCGCACGAUUGACCGGGGCACGCGCGCCAUCAACUUUAUCCUUAGCUCCAUGGUGUUCAAUAUUGUGCCGACAUUUUUCGAGAUUAGCCUGGUGGCGGGCAUUCUGGCUUACAAGUUCGGGGCGCCGUUCGCUUACGUCACCUGCGGGACUGUUGUCGCAUACACCAUCUUCACGCUCGUCGUAACACAGUGGCGCACGAAGUUCCGGCAGCAAAUGAACGCGGCCGAUAACCUGUCGAGCUCCCGCGCCAUUGACUCUCUCAUCAACUACGAGACUGUCAAGUACUUCAACAACGAGCAGCACGAAGCCAGGCGCUACGACAAGUGCUUGGAAGAGUACGAGGCGGCCGCUCUCAAGACGCAGAGCAGCCUUUCCGGGCUCAACUUCGGGCAGAACCUGAUAUUCAGUGGAGCGCUUUCCGGAGCCAUGAUCAUGUGCGCGCAGGGCGUGCAAAACGGGACCAUGACCAUAGGAGAUUUGGUUAUGGUGAACGGACUGCUGUUCCAGCUGUCCAUGCCGCUCAACUUCCUCGGGAGCGUCUACCGGGAGACACGGCAGAGCCUGAUCGACAUGCAGUCCAUGUUCUCGUUAUUGCAAAUCGAGCCCUCGGUUCAAGAGCGGCCAAACGCAACCCCCCUCAACCUCUCCGGCAGCGCAAUCAGCUUCAACGACGUCAAAUUCGGGUACCUUCCCGAGCGGCCCAUCUUGGACCACGUGUCCUUCGAGGUGCCAGCUGGCAAGAGCCUCGCGAUCGUGGGCACUAGCGGGAGCGGCAAGUCGACCAUCUUGCGGCUGCUGUACCGGUUCUUCGACGCGGAGCAGGGGGCCGUUCGAAUCGACGGCCAGGACGUGAAGGACGUCACGCUGGACAGCUUGCGGAGAUCCAUUGGGGUGGUUCCGCAGGACACCGUUCUGUUCAAUGACACGAUCUUUUACAACAUCCAGUACGGACGCCCGAAUGCUUCCGUUGAGGAUGUGUACAACGCUGCUCGCCAAGCUGCCAUCCACAACGCAAUCAUGGCGAUGCCGGCAGGGUAUCAAACAAAAGUGGGGGAGCGGGGCUUGAAGUUGAGCGGUGGGGAGAAGCAGCGGGUAGCCCUAGCGAGGGCCUUCCUCAAGUCUCCCAAAAUACUGUUAUGCGACGAAGCAACGAGCGCGCUCGACAGCACGACGGAGGCCGAAAUCCUGUCGGCGCUCCGUCAGCUUGCGCAAAACCGGACGUCCGUUUUCAUCGCGCACCGACUAACCACUGCAAUGACCUGCGACGAGAUUGUCGUCCUCGAGCAAGGGCGAGUAAUAGAGCGGGGCACUCACGAACAGCUGUUGCAGCUAGACGGUCGGUACGCCCAGAUGUGGGCACAGCAGCAGAGUUUAGCCGAAACCGGAGAAGCCGAGCCGUUGCCAGCGAUCGAAGUGCAGUAG